AUGAAAACGCUGGAUUCGCUAGUAUUUGCGGUCACAGUAUUGUGCUUCGCAAAUUUUGCAUCGGCGCAAGAUCACCAUGCUGACGAAGCGUAUGAAGGGACACCGGGAGAUACACUCUUUGAUACAGUUGACGUCCAAGGGGGAAUAAAUGAGAAUACUCGCCCAAUGGCAUCGAAAAGUAUCGAAAUUUUAACUGCGCAUGCCAGAUCGCCAGGAAUCUCAUCACGUCCGGUGGAGCCAAUCGGUCAAACAUUGGCUUAUCAAUGCCCGGUCUGCGGAAGACUAUUUCGUCAUCCAUCACUUCUCAUGGAGCACCAAAUAUCUCACACAGGCCGUCGUGACCUCAAGUGCAAAAUUUGUUCAAGUGACUACAAGGAUUCUUCCAGCCUUGCCGAACACAUGAGGCAAAAUCACGUGGAUCAGUCUCUUCCGCCUAAGAAGUCAUCUAAGUCACAAGGGUACGCAUCGGAACAGACAGAACAUCCAUGUCCUAAAUGCGGCAGACAUUUCAAAUGUUGGACAGGUCUGAAAAGUCAUCAAAGGUCUGUACACCCCGAAGGAGUGCGUCAUGUUUGUGAAAAGUGUGGAUUGUCGUUCGCCCGUGAGCUUUAUUUAAAGAGGCACAUCAUCCAAGUACACGAAAGUGAGGCAAAGCAUACUUGCCCUCAUUGCGGUAAGUCAGUCACACGUUCGUGGAAUCUGCUGAAGCACAUUAGAAACGUACAUGGACGUGAUCUAGCUGACGAAAAAUCUGCGGUCGAUACGGUAUUUGAAAUAUCGCGAUACACGUAUAUUUGUAAUGUGCUACUCAGCAACCUUAUGAGUAGUACAUUACAAAUAUACGUGUAUCGCGAUAUUUCAAAUAUCGUAGCGACUGAAAUAUGA